AUGCGCCGCCGGACCCUACCAGAGGUACCCACUGAAGCGGAAGAGGAGGCAGGGUCCGGAGAGCCACCAACGACCACUGCAGCAGCACCGAUUCUGCCCCCACCAGCAGAGGCGAACCAACCCCCCGAACCAGCCCUGCAGCCCACUGACGCUCCAGCCCCCGGAGAAACCCCGGAAGCCAAAGCCACCCCGGCACCGCAAGCAACCCCAAGGCGUUCAACACGGGAGCGCCGGCCUCCCGCCUACCUCCGGGAUUAUCGUCCCCGGUCUCUGCAGAUUGCACCCCUCACCCCCCCGCAGCCUCAUGUGGGCAUCAGAGGCCGAGCUGUUCUGCCCUUGCUCACACACCCCAGCCCCCCUCACCCUCUUCGGCAGCGAAACUGGCUACGGCCGCCCUGUCUUGCAGGAGGAAUCCGCACCCGCAUCCAGAACAAACACACUUUCAAAAACCACCAAUUGCCUGAACUUCUGCCCUCGCCUUGA